ACCGGGCUCCCACACUAAGGAGACACUUGCUUCGACCAGCAGUGGCCAGAGUUCUUGCUCAGUGGAAGUCUAGUUAAAGUGUAAAUACAAGUCGCAGCGUCGCUGGAAGAGGCGUUGGAGUGCCCGGGCCAGCGGGGGCUCGACAAGAAAGAGCUUCUUUGCCACUGGAAGCCGGUAUUUACUGGACAUGUGACGUGACUCGUUCGGGCUCAGCAGCAGCAUAUACACUCGUAGCUUUCAUCUUCACUCUAGGGUGUGAGGACGCAGCGACAUGAACGGCGUGGGCAACGGCUACUACCGCGACGACCAGUGGGACGAGGUCUCCCGCGCCUCCAGCUUCUAUUACCAGGAUGAGCCACCAGACCCGUGGGAGGACGAGCCGUACAGUUCAGCGUACGACCGUGAUCGCAUGUCACCGUACAGGAGCGACCCCCGGGGACACUCCACGGCCAGCAACGGCUACUCCUCAGACAAUGGGUCGGUCGUCAGCACAGAAGAUGGACCAACCUACGUACUGGAGCACCUUGCUACCUUUAGAGUGUCUCCAGAGUCAGACCUGGUGUUCCCAGCUGACGGCAUGCGCCGCCUCUUACAUAUGGAGAAAACCUCGGGCAUAUGGACACAAAAGAUGUUACUCAGGCUCGACAAGAAAUGGGUCUGCAUACAAUCACAUGAAAAUGGGGAUACAGUUGAAAAGUUUCCAAUGGAAUUGAUAAGGGAACCAACAGCAUUUACAAGUGAUGACCCCAAAGAGUUGUAUAACAACAUCUUCAUAUUCGUUGUAGCAGAAGACCCUAAGAGGAAUUACCAGAACCCAACAGAAAUGCACAUUUUCCAGUGCCUUCGAGUUAGUGCCAAAGAUGUAGUGGAGGAUGUGAAGCUAUACAUGUCUGGGAAAGGCAUAUCUGGGCGAGGUAGGGCAGUUAGAGCAGGACGGGGAGAGCACAUCCCUCCUCCCCCUCAAGAACCUGCCCCAGAGCCUCCACUGGCAAAUGGGUAUCGUGCAGACUUUUCUGACAGCGAGGUACGUGGUGAGGCACGGGGUCCACGGUCAGAGAGGUCUAGCGUCAGCCACAAUGACGAUAUCUCGUCUACCAGUAGUGAGAAGUACGAGAGAGAUGUGGCCAUCCUUAAUUCCUGUUUUGAUGACAUCGAACGAUUCAUUGGCCGCCUCCAGCACACGGCAGCUGCAACGAAGGAACUUGAACGUCGCCGCAGGUCUCGCAAAUCAAAGAAGAAAGACAUUGGUGAUGGGUUGUUGUCAAUGCGUGCCAAGCCACCUCCAGAACGGGAAUUUGUAGAUAUCUUCCAGAAGUUCAAGCUUUCCUUUAACCUCUUGGCAAAGCUGAAGGCUCAUAUCCACGACCCAAAUGCUCCAGAAUUAGUACACUUUCUCUUCACACCUUUGGCAAUCAUUGUGGAUGCCUCUCGGGAUUCUAAUUAUGGUUCAAACCUACCAAGUAAGGUGUUAUCACCACUGCUAACUGCAGAUGCCAUGGACCUGCUGACAAAUUGUUUGACUUCACGGGAAACGGAGCUAUGGCACAGCCUUGGUGAUACCUGGUGCAUUCCACGGAACAUGUGGAAAUACAAUGUUCCUCCUUACCAGCCAGUGUUCUCAAAUGGGUGGGCACCAGAGUUACUGGAAGAUUCACGUGACCGCUCCAGUGUUUUGGCGUCUGAGGUUGCCUCCGAAGCUAAGCGGACUAGAGCAGAGGAGAUAAGGAAUGCUCAACGUGAAGCAGAAAUGCGGCAAGGUCGUCUUCGCGGUGACGAUUAUGGCAGUGAUUUCUAUGAUUCUGAUCGGAGGGAGCCAUCGCCAACUCCAGGUCGAUACUAUCCCAGAGAUGAGAGACCACGAUCCAUGACUCCGCCAUCAGAGUACCCACAAGCUGGCCGUAGUGACAUAUCGCAGGAUUCUAUGGAUCAACCAACAUUUGAAAAACAUCAGCGACAGUGGCUUAAUGAACUUAAGGCUCGCGGGGCAAAAAUUGUGCAGGUGACAUAUCCACGCACUGCCAAUAACGACAAAGAAUUGACGGUCGUUCGUGGUGAAUAUCUAGAGGUAAUGGAUGACAGCCGAAAGUGGUGGAAGGCAGUGAAUGCUCGAGGUCAAGUGGCUCAUGUUCCACAUACUAUUGUUACUCCAUAUUCAGCUGACCAGGAUGGUAAGGAAGAUUACCGUGCUGAUGUGCGGCGGAAUGCACCUCCACCAGUCUGGAAGGAACGGCAAGGGAAGAAAGACUACCCAAAUGUGGACUCAAGUGAUGAAGAUGACCCAUCAGCACGUAAGAAGUCAAGCCCCCACAAGUCCACCAUUAUCCCAGUUCCCCCUCCCCCACCUCCUCCCGGCUUUGCACCUGAUGAAACUGUAUCACGGGUACCCAGUAAGCCUCGCCCCAAAAAUGCUGAUCAAAUGUAUGGUACCACUAAAUCAUCAGCAGAUUUAAUGAAUGCAGAAUUAAAGUUGGUGCUGGAAUCAUUCCGUCGUCAGAGACCUCAUUUAGAUAUAGUGAAAACGCCAGAUGUUUACAUCAGUCAGCAAUCUUCACCCGAAGAAGUUCAGUCAUGGCUGAAGAUAAAGGGAUUCUCUAAAAGAAUCAUGAAACAGUUUGAGGGUGUUGACGGUGAAAAAUUAUUUGCUCUGGAUAAAUCAAAACUGUUAGAAUUUUGUGGGCCAUCAGAAGGUGCACGUUUGGCAUCUCAGAUUACCGUCCAGCGCAAUGUCGCAGGGUAUAAAACAGCAAGGUCCUCUGAGCUACGACAAAUCUUGGCAAGGCAAAGGAAUAAAGUCGAUAUAGAGGGUAAAGCUAUUGUGAAGGAGGACCAGGAGACACAGCAGGAAGCACAGCAGGAAGCACAGCAAACACGACAGCAGCAGCAGUAUGAUAACAAAUCUAAAGUGGAGAAGAUAGAGAAGAGCUUUGAAUUUUUGGAAGUGUAUGAUAAGUCCGAUUAUCAGACAGAUUCAGAUUCAGAGGAGGAAGCUGACAGUAGAGGGAAUCGAGGAACAAAUACACUUAAAGAACAAAUAAAAAAGCAACGAAAGAAAAUAAUUGGCCAAUCCUUUGAUGACAAAGCUUCACGUUAAGUCUUGGUUACCAAGUUGCUUUAAAUUUGUAUGUAGCACUAGUAUAUAUUUAUAUAUAAUGUAAAAAAACAAAAAUAACCAUACAUCAUGCUCUGAAACUAGUGAAUUUUAUGAGGAUAUCCAGAUAAAAAUUUAAGCCUCAAGUCAUUUUAGAUAUUGUCAAAGAAAAAUGUCUCAUUUCUUAACUAUUAUAUGCCUUGUGUAAUUAAAGGAAGGUGGUGCAUACAAAAUGAUUUUAAAUUGUUAAUUUGCCCGUCAUGCAGUUAAAAGCAAUUGUCAAAAAGUGAUCCAUGGAAAAAACAAAGGUUUCAUGCAGUGUAAGGCAGAAAAAAGGGUUGUAACCAAGGUUGGGAGAUCUAUAAAAAUUUAGAAAAUUUAAAGAAAAAUUCUUACAAAUUUUUACUGUGGCAGAUCAUCAGUGAUCAUCAGCUAGAACACUAAAUUGUUUACCUGUACAUAAAUAUAAAUUGCCAAAAAGUCUUGACCAUACAAAAAUUUCAUUUUAACUAGUUUCAGUAAGAGAGUUUGAAAGCAUGAGUAAAUGUUUUUAUAUAAAUAAAAAAAAUACUGUAUGGCUAUAUUAGUAAUAAUGGUAAUAGUCACCACUCUCUCACUUUUAUGGGGUGGGGAGGCUUUUGGCAUUCACUUGGAUAGAGGAAGAUGGGUCCAGUCUUUCCUCUACCAAAUAUAUUGCAAGGGAUGUAAUAAAUAUAUGGUGAACUGUGGGUUUGCCAUGUCCCUUUGCCAGUAAUUAUAAUAUAUCAAAGUGCAUCAGGAUUGUUUUAAGUAAACCGUAGUCUGCUUUGUAUAUUAAACCUGUGAUGAAUCUAUAGUUUAAUUCAUGAAGGGAGGACAUUCAUAUGUAUAUUAGUGUUUUGAGUGUUGUCCUUUCUCAUCAAAGAGCUUCCAUUACAAGGGGUGAGUGCCAUUAUGUACCAUAUUAAGUGUACUAUAGUCAUGUAUACUUGUUCUGUAUGGAUUAGAUUCUUUGUGGAAGUCAUAAUUGCUGUAUUAGAAUUUUACAGUAACUAGGGUAUUGGGUUUGUUGUGCUAAUAAAUGAAACCUAGUUAAUUUAAAGUUUUAUCAUUAACUAGUAGUAGUAGACUCAUUUUAUCAUUGUCAUGUAUCCAUAUGUAAUAAACUUUAACUUUUU